CAAUUUGUUCCUCUUGGAUUCAAACUGCUGUAUUCACAGUAAUGUGCAUGGCUGUGUGUCUGCUAGUCAGGUUCUCGUAGUGCAAGUAACGAAAAGUGGAGACUGCAGGUGUUUGAGAACAACGAAGUUUGUCUUUUUUUUUUUUUUAUCCGCGCACAUGUCAGAGUGAUUUAAAAACCAGUUAUGGAAGAUAGAGUGAUUGGCCCUGGGCCGUAUCGAGCGACAAAGCUGUGGAAUGAAACUAUUACCUUGUUUCGAAAUGGAAUGCCAUUAAGGAGGCAUCGGAUUCAUUUCAGAAGUUAUGAUGGUUGUUUCACGGCUUCAGAAGCAGUGGACUGGCUGCACGAGCUCCUUCGACGCAAUCAAAACUUUGGCCCUGAAGUCACAAAGGCUCAGACUUUACAGCUGCUGAAGAAAUUUUUGAAAAACCAUGUGAUUGAGGACAUCAAGGGAAGAUGGGGUAAUGAAGAUUUCCAAGACAACGGCCAUCUAUAUAGGUUUCCUCCAUCCUCGCCAUUAAAGCCUUACCCAAAAAAGUCCUACUGUAAGGAAAAUGCAUUUACUUUGAAGUUUCCAAAACUUGGUGACUAUGAGCCUGUUGUGUUACAAGAUAAUGCAGUGAGACCACUUGUUUUGAAUUCAGAAGAUUGGAACAAACGUCAUAGCAUUGCAAUUGGAGAGGUGCCAGAAUGCCGACUUGUACACCGAAAAGAGAUCUCAUCUCGCAAUGUGGAGCAAAUUUGGAAGACCAUGACUCUAACAAAUUUACAGAAAAUUCUGGGUCUUGACUCACUGGAUGGACUGCUAGACUCUCAUUCAUUGAACUCUAAGAAUAUUCUUCACAAUGUGUACAAAGUUAACAAGCAGGGAGUUGUGAUACUAGAAGACAAGUCGGAAGAACUUCCUCAUUGGGUACUGUCAGCAAUGAAGUGUCUAGCCAACUGGCCCAAUGGCGGUGAGCUGAAGCAACCGAUGUAUCCUGGGUUUGAAAGGGAUGUCUUAAAAACAGUGGCAGAUUAUUUCCAGAAGCAGAAAGAACCAUUGCUUACUUUUAAACUGUAUGACACUUUUGUUAGUAUCCUUGGUCUCCUGCAGAAGCAGCAAGUUGCAACUGAGGCAUUGCAAGUCUGCUGUCUUCUUCUGCCUCGAGAUAAUCGGAGGAGGCUUCAGUUAUUAAUGAGGAUGAUGACAAAAAUUUGUCGAAACAUUGAAAUCCCACCUCUUAAUAAUGCCAUUGGGAACAGGACAUUGAUGGUUCAGACAUUCUCACGCUGUAUAUUGCGUUCAGAAGAUGAGGUUGAUUUGGAUGAGCUGCUGGCAACAAAGCUAGUGACCUUCAUGAUGGACAAUAGUGAUGAGAUACUUAAGGUUCCUGGUAAACUGCAGACAAUGGUGGAGGAGCACCUGUCUCACUUAAGAAGAGUUCAGAUAAAGUAUGCUGGUGCUGAUGCAGAUGCAUCUUUUGUUUCCCACUCUUACUGCAAACGAAUCAGCAAGGAAGAAUUUGAGGAGCAGAGAACAAGCAGUGCCCAGGUGCCAAUGGCUGAACUGCUAGAAGAGAUCAUCAAGGAUACAGAGCUUUCUGUCAAAGAGAAAAAGAAGAAACUUAAACAGUUUCAGCAGUCUUAUCCUGAAGUCUACAGGAAGAGGUUUCCUACAGUAGAAAGUGAGAAAUCAUUGUUUCCUGAAAAACCCAAGAUAAAACCACAGCUAAUGUUUUUCGCAUUAAAAAAACCCUUCCAACCAUUUCAAAGGACGAGGAGCUUCCGGACAUGAAUACGCUUUCUGAAAUGGAAACCUCGAGUGGUCUUUCACCUCAUAGGUUUUAGUCUAUGCCAUAUCAACUGUCAUUCUGUGUCAAUGAGAAGAUCGGAAAAUCCUCUCAAUUAGUUGAGUUUUUGUCAUUUUUAAUGUUUUUAUUUUUUUAAUAUUUUGUUUAAAACUCUUCCCAGAUGCCACGAAGAAUUGUGUGAACGGUAUGUUUUUUAAAAGGGGAAAGUGUUAAUUUGUAUCUGAUAAUUUUAUUUUGCAGAAAUAUUAAGCAUUAAGUGUCCACUUAUUUUAAUUUUGUCCACAAUUUCAGUUUUGGCUCAAUUAUGCAAAUCUUAAGUAUUUAAAAGAAAACAGCUCAUCUAAAACUUUUAAUUUGUACUUUUAACUAACUUAGAAGAUUUCACUGGUAUACUUGAAAAAAUGUUCAGAUUUUUAAUGAGAAUGCUGCUUUGUCAUGGUGGGUAUGAUCUGAAUUAUAUCUGUUACAGUAUCUUUAUGGAAUUUCUUUGGGGUGUGUGUGCAGCUGUUUUUUAAAUGGUGAAAGGAGUGUUUUAAACUGCAGAACUUGUAUCUUCUAUGAAAGUUAACUGGGAAAGUUGUAAAAGCUCUUAUCAUAACAUUUCUAAUAUUGUGAGAAUAUUUUCUGUUUUACAUUUCAUAGUAUACAUGUUUAUUUCAUUAGACUAUAGUGCAUCUACUGUUCAGACUUGGUCUGACCUUUACAAGCAGUAUUAUUUGUACAUAUUUAUCCUUUGUGCCUUCUACUGUGCAAUUCUCGGAUUAACUAAAAAUCCCGUUUUAAUGUUCUUUGUAACAGAUUUGUGUAUUAAAGUCUUGUCAGUUUUAUUGUGAA